UUUUUAGUUUAUAAUUAUGCGUGGCAAACCGGGUCCUUAUGAGUAUUUUUCCACCAUCAGACAUCAAAUUCAAAAUUUAUGUUGAAAUUUCUUCCAUCCUAUCUCUUAACGUCUCUUUCUUGUGUUCAGAAUUCUUUUAAAAUUUCAAAAUUUUAAAUUUAUUUUAAUGUUUUCGGUGCAAUAUAGCUCAACAUUCUUGUAUUUCUAACUUUCAAAGAUUUUUAUUGGCACUUCCAUUCUCUUUUUUAUUCUCUUACAGAGAGAUAGAACAUAAAACUCACAAAUUUCUUGUUCUUGAUUUUCUAAAAUUUGAAAUAUGGGAGAAGAAUCUGCUAAAACGGAACAAAAAUUUGCUAUUCCGGUGGAUUCCGAGAAUAAAGCGACGGAAUUCAGAUUAUUCUCUGUAGCAGCGCCGCACAUGAGAGCUUUUCACUUAUCUUGGGUUUCUUUUUUUUCUUGUUUCGUUUCAACUUUUGCUGCUCCGCCGUUAAUUCCGAUCAUACGCGACAAUCUGAACCUUACAGCUUCAGACAUAGGCAAUGCCGGUAUCGCAUCAGUUUCCGGUGCAGUCUUGGCAAGACUCGCCAUGGGAACAGCUUGUGAUCUUUUUGGACCCCGUCUCGCUUCUGCUUCACUGAUACUCCUCACAGCACCGGCAGUUUACUUCACUUCACUCGUCUCCUCGCCGGUUUCGUUUCUCCUGGUAAGAUUCUUCACCGGAUUUUCUUUAGCCACUUUUGUCUCCACACAAUUCUGGAUGAGCUCCAUGUUUUCCACGCCGGUGGUCGCCACUGCUAAUGGCGUUGCCGGCGGAUGGGGAAAUCUCGGAGGCGGUGCAACGCAGUUGAUUAUGCCGAUUGUUUUCAGCCUGAUCCGAGACAUCGGAGUUGUGAAAUUCUCAGCUUGGAGACUUGCUUUUUUCGUUCCGGCUUUGUUUCAAACUCUGUCAGCUUUUGCUGUAUUAAUAUUCGGUCAGGAUUUUCCUGACGGAAACUUUAAAGAAUUACAAAAAUCAGGAGAGAAACCGAAGGAUAAAUUCUCGAAUGUUUUUUACAACGGAGUGACAAAUUACAGGGGGUGGAUUCUAGCAUUUACUUACGGAUACUGUUUCGGAGUCGAAUUAACGGUAGAUAAUAUAAUAGCGGAAUAUUUUUACGACAGGUUUAAUCUGAAACUUCAUACAGCAGGAAUUAUUGCUGCAAGUUUCGGGUUAGCAAAUUUAAUUUCGAGACCAGCCGGCGGGUUUAUCUCUGAUGCGGUAGCGAAGAGAUUCGGAAUGAGAGGGAGAUUAUGGGCUUUGUGGAUAGUUCAGACAUUAGGAGGAGUGUUCUGUAUAUUUCUGGGAAGAGUUGGAUCUUUGAGUGCUUCCAUUGUUGUUAUGAUUGCUUUUUCUUUCUUCUGUCAAGCUGCUUGUGGGAUGACUUUUGGUGUUGUUCCUUUUGUCUCAAGGAGGUCAUUAGGGGUGAUAUCAGGAAUGACAGGAGGAGGAGGAAAUGUGGGAGCAGUUCUGACACAAUUAAUAUUCUUCAAAGGAUCAAAAUACUCAAAAGAAACAGGAAUUACUCUGAUGGGUAUCAUGAUCAUUUGUUGCACUCUUCCAAUUUGUUUAAUAUAUUUCCCACAAUGGGGCGGUAUGUUUUUCGGUCCAUCUUCUUCAGAAUUUACUACAGAAGAACAUUAUUACAUGUCAGAAUGGAAUACUGAUGAGAAAGAUCAAGGAUUGCAUUUAGCCAGCAUUAAAUUUGCUGAUAAUAGCAGAAGUGAAAGAUGUAAGAAAAUUACAUUCUUAAACCAUGUCUGAUAAUGAUUACACUUUGAUUUUGGAAUGUGGGUGUCUAGAAAUCCUGAAAAUUUCAGGUUUUAGAUAUUCGAUUGCUAGAAUUUGGAAAGUUGUGAAAAUGUUAGUAAUUGGAUCAGAUAGUUUCAUGUCUGCCUACUAUGUAUUUUAAUGAUAUGUCUGUAUAAUUAUAGUCCGACUUGAAUCUAAAAUAGUAUAUGUUCGAUA